GUUUUUCCCAGCUUUGACGCGAUGGAACGAAACAUCGUCGGUCGCGCUGUCGGUGCUUUAGCAUCCUGGUGGAGCGGGUCCAAGACCGUCCCGCCUCGAAUCCUCAGCGACAGCAACCAGCCAGACCCUGAGACAAGCACUGACGAAGAGCCGCAAACGACCCGCGGUGAUGCAGCGAGGGGAAGCCGCUUGGUUCCCCGGCCUCGACAGCAGGAGGGUGACGAUGGUGAUAAUGCUGGACGGGUGGACUACUACGACCACUGGUCAGUGGAGAGGAGUCGUGUCGUGCAUGCAAUGCAAUGCAUUCCAUUCAUUCACUCACUCGCGGACCGUACCGAUUGUCUGUCACUCAUUGACUCACUGACUGACUGCGAUGUCUUGUGUCUGUUCGGUCAGGCACUCGGCACCUCCCACUUCAGCUCGGUACCCUUAUUCGAGUGUGGCUCGAGAGCUGCUUGCGUCCUCCCGCUCCCGCGAGAGGGGAUCUCCGACACGUGCACUCCCACGGCCGUCGUCGCCGACGCGCGCCACCGGCAGGCUGUCCCCUCCCCGCGAGCACGUUCCGGACAUGGCCGUAUUGCGUCAAGCGUUUGAGGAGCUCCGCGUCACUGCAAUGGAGGAGCUCCGCACCGCUGAGAGCAGGCCACCCGAGCCAUCAGCGCAACCGUCAUCUGCCGGAGCCAGGAGUGAGGGCGGGUUUCAGAAUCCCGUGGAUGGUGAUGGUCCCUUCCUGAGGAUUGGCAAGUAUCGAUCGCCUGUCGGUGAGGAGGGUCGGGAUUGGGCGGCUGAGGGCUCCAGCUUUGCCGAUGAGGAAGACGAGGACGAGAGCGAGCGCCUGGACGAGUCCGACCGUGGGCGUGAGCGUGAUCGUGAGGAGGGGGAGGGGGUGAGGGUGAGGCGGGCGUUCCGCUCCAUUGUCGACUACGACCCUGACGAGAUCUAUCCCGACGAGUCGGCCAGCAACGCCCCACCCACACCCCACUUCGCACUUCACCUCCCCGACGGCCCCCUGGAGCGCAGCGAGUCUUCCGACGUCGCCAGCGCCGCUGGUAGCGGAGCCGCAGCCGAGCCGACAGACAUCACGUCAGACCGCCCACCCCCCGACUACUGCCCCUCUCCCGCCCCCUCAUUCGGCGGCCCCUCAGCCGAUUUCUUCCUCCGUGUCUGCGAGGACGUCCUGGAGCCAGCCCGCGACGCCCUCGCGAGAAGCUCCGAGGCCACAUCGAACGGGCUGCUCACCCCCACAGUGCCGUUUGUCUCGCCAUGGGGCGCGGAGGGGACGGAGGCCAGCCAGGACGGCAGGAGGACGACCAGACGCAGAAGGGGCCCGCGGCAGCCCGGCCCUGGUGCCUUCCAGUUCCCCGCCUACGUGUUGCGCGACAACAGGCUGCCACCCGUCACUGAAGAGCGCGAGAGGGAGGAGCGGGAGCGGGAUGGCGGGGAGGAUCCGACGUCGGAUGUUCCCGUGGCCGGGUCGACGAGUGACCUGCGUGCGAUGGAGUUGCGUCGCGAGAUGGGUGUGGGAGUGGGGCCGCCGGCUGUGGUCCCGGAUGGCGAUGCCGUGCGUGGGAUGGGGUGGCUGCAGGAGAGGCUGAGGGAGAUUGAGGUUUUCCAGACACUCACGGCUGAGGCGGGCAACCACCAACAGCUCCAAAGGAUCGCCGAAUGGGAGGUGCGCACCUAGACACACAUACAUACGCACACCGGUGACACACGCAUGGACGUGUACCUGUGUGUGUGUGUGUGAUGAGUUGCAGCGACGUGCGACGGCCCAGUUGGAGGCAAGGGCGAAUGCUGACCGCACGGCCGUCCAGGAGGAAUUCGAGUAAGACAGACACUCAGCGCGGCGAACGGAGGGGCCCACUCGUUGUCGUGUGUACGCGUCUGUGUUCGCAGUGAGUCCAUUGGUGUGCUUGAGCGUUUGCGGGAGGAGGAUACGGAGCAGCAGGAGGAGCAGAGACGCGAAGAGGAACGCCAGAAGGGUCAGCCCAACCAGUCCGCCGGCAUCCCUUCUGUGGUGGAUGCGAUGCGCACGUGCCUGUGUGUGCUUCUGUCUGUCUGUCAGCUGAGGAGGAGGAGCGUCAGAGGAAAGCCCAAGAGGUGCGCGUCACGACACACAGCCACACAGCCACAGACAUCAACAUGUGCAAAUUAAAUGAAUCUGUUGUGUCAUGUGCCUGCCUUUCUCAGGAGGCUGAGCGGCAGCGGCGCGAAGAGGAGGAGGCCGAAAGACAGCGCAAACUCAAGGUCGGUCGGUCGGCCGGCCGGCCGGCCACAUACUCACUCCUUCACUUCACCAUAUCUACUAAUUAGUUCUUUCCCUCCCCUGUCUGUCUGUCACAUUAGGAGGAGGAGGACGCCCGGAGGCGUGCUGAAGAGGAGGCGCGGAAGAAGGCCGAGGAGGAACAACAGCAGAGUCAGCAACAGCAACAGCAACAGCAAGCUGCAGCAGCAGCGGCAGCAGCUGCAGCCCAGCCCGCCGUACCCACCCCCACCCCCACUCCCCCACCCGCCCCCGGUGCUGCCCCUGCUGCGGCCGCAGCAGUGCCUCCAGCGGGCCCCCCUGCCUCAGCAGCGGGUGAACCGGCCGACGUGCAAGCCGCCCUGGCGCUUAAGAGCAAGGUGGAGCUCCUCAAACAGGAAAUGGACAGAAUCAGAGCCAGCGGCACAAACCAGGUAGGUAGGUCGGAGGGUGGGGGGUCGCUAUCCGCUGAAACGGACCAUGAUGGAUGUUGGCAUUAUGUGUGUGUGUGUGUGUGUGGUGUAGGAGAAGGCGAUGCGUCGCGAGACGUGGAAGGUGGUGGCGGACUGUGUCAAUCGCACCGCCGGCAACCAACAGUCCGUCAGACAGGUGAGUAAACCGCACACACAGACAGACAGACAGAGAGACAGACAGACAGACAGGCACACAGACGGACAGACAGACAGACAGACAGCGAGCCAGGGACAAAUGUGUGGGACCUUGUGUGCAUAUCUAUCAGGUAGCUGAGGGCAUCUCAGGGCAUGCGGAGCAGGUGCGGCGCAGCGGGGCCGACACCAAGUUCUUGGACUAUGUCUUCCUGCGGGUAACAAAGAGGGAGGGAGGCGCAACGACCUACCUGUGCACACAAACGUCAGUCAGUUGUUCCCAUUCGUUCUUUGCUGACGACUGACUGAAUCAGAUGGCUGAGGCACUGAUCAACGCCUGUGAGGACCAGGUAAGGUACUAUCACGGCGCAGAAAGAAAAAAGGGCAAUGACUCGCCCGGCUCGCCCCAUUGUGUGCCUGUGCGUUUGUCAUGAUCAUGACAGAUCCGAAGAGCUCCCGACAGCCACUGGCAGUUUGCGUGGGCCAUCUACGGGUACACAGCACAGCAGCACUCACCGGCCAUUCACCCACCCCCUCGCCCCCUCACCCACUCGCUGUGGAUGUCUCUGUCUCUUUGUCAGUGUGUUGAGUCGCUUCCCUGAUAAGGAGGAGAUCUUCGCGGGCCGCAUCUACCAGGAGUGCACAUACGCCAUACCAUUCCUCGUACCAAUCGUAAGCCGCCCCCUCCACACACACCUCACCACAUCACAGAACACCUCACUUCAUCCCUAUCUCCGGUGUGUGCAUCAGAGCGGCAACGUCGAGGCGGGCCGUCGGCGUCGCGGUCAGAAGGACGGCGAGUCCGACGAGGACUUCUUCGACCGCAUGUGUCCCAUCCUGCGCGUCUGGCUGGCCUACCUCGUCAUCAAAGCUGAGAUGUCUCGCAACCCCAACUCAAACGAGUGGGGGGCGGUCUGGCAGUGGUGGGCGCGGCUCGGCAACCGCCUGGUGGACCGCACGCAGCGGAGCGGCCCCAUGCUCAUUGUGACGGCACUCAAGGUCACCGCGUUCUUCUGCAUGAAGCGGUUCAAGAGACAGUUCAGACAGGUAGCUACGGAUGGAUGUCGGUGCCUUGGCCGUUGGGGUGGGGGGUGGGGGGUGGGUUGUGGGGCCAUUGGUUGGCUGAGUGCGUCCGUGUGUGUGAGUGUGUGUGUGUGUUUGGUGUUGGCUGCUGGUGUGGUGUGCAGCUGUUGUCGUUCAUCAACCAGAACCUGUGGGACAAGUUCAAGCGCAUGGCACGCGAGUCCGUCCGUUUUCCAAACACACCAACAGACUCAGCCAGCCGCCAUCUUAUGCUGCCUGCCUGCCUAACUGCCUGCCUGUGUGUCUGUAUGUGUGUCUGUGUGCAGCAACCCUGAGGGCAUCGGCAUCUACGUCGUGCAGUGCGAGACAUUCCUCGAGACAGCGCAGUAAGCCACCAACACACCACACUGGCGUGCCUGACGACCCACACCUCGUACUGUGUGGCUGGGGGCUGGGUUGGUCACUUGGUGCUUUCAGGCGGAACGGCUUACGUUUCGAGGAGCCAGCCGGCUAUCGCAUGAUAGAGAGACCAGCCGAACUCAACCCUGACGUCUGACUGAGGCGCGGGCAUGCACCCAUGGAUGGAUGGAUGGAUGGAUGGGGGUACCCAGGGUAUCCUGAUUUCGCUGCUUGGGAUAGGCGCACGCGAUGUAUUGUUGGGCAUUCAGACACCCUCUGGAUGCCGCGACCCAGCGCGGGGGUCACACCCAAGCAGCGGCAUCGCCACCCGUGAUUGCAUGAUUUGGGCUGUGUAUCUACCAGUGAGUGACAGCGUACGUACGGUUUUUGUCCGUUCCGGGAACACCCUGUGGCCAAUGGGGCCACCUGACUUGACGCAUGUAUGUAAACCUAC